GCGCUGGAUUUGGAGCCGCCCAACGAGAGACUCUUGGGUCGCGUUGGGCAGCACAUCGGGAUUCCUGUGGCCGCCCUGCGUCCCUCCGCUGCGCCUCCAGUCACCGACUUGGUAGCUGAAGACCGCCCAGAAAGCACGGAGGACGAAGGCUCCGAGGAGAAGAAGGAUGGCUUGGAAGAAAGUCAUGGCUCGCUUGAGAAAGUGGUGAUCGAGCCAACUGAAGCCUUCUGA